AUGCUGAACUCAAAACAUCAUCUUAAUAAUAUUUCCCCGAUUGAAGUAUUCGAUAUCAUGUCAUCAUCAAAUGUUCCCGAUGAAAGCAAACUAGCACAUAUUCAAAAUUUAAAAACUCAUAUCAAGAAAGAUACCAUUGAUCUAAGAAAUGUUGAUAUAUAUUUACAAAUUAUAUGCAAAGGUUUAGAACAAUCAAAUCCAAAUAUAUCAUCAAUCAGUUUUAACUCGUUAUUUUAUCUAAUUAAACGAAUCAAUGUUCAAGAUAGUAGUGGUGCCAUUUUGGAACGACAAAGUUUUUUAAUUUUACCAAUUUUAAUUAAUAAACUCGGCGGCACAUCUUCUUCUUCAAGUGGCGGUAGCAUUAGUCUGGCUAAAAAAUCGUUAGAAGAUUAUUGGUUAUCUAGCGCUGAAUCAGUUGAGGAAGCCAUUCUGGAGAUUUCUUUUACUACAACAAAUGUUAAAAUAACCAUCGAAUCAAUAAAUUGGAUGACUCAAGUAUUCAAAAAUAUAUCUUCAAAAUUUAAUAUUUCCAAAUUUAUUCCAAAAAUAUUAAAAUCACUAAAGCAAAAUUCACAUAAUCAAGACCUUUUUAAUGCCAUCCAGGAAUUAUUUUCGGCUUAUCUGAACAGACACCCUUCAGCUAAUGAUGAAUUACAAAGAGCAAUAGAACUGUAUCUGUUCCCUUCUAUUGUUAUUGAAAGACUACUUAAUAAGCCUAUUAACAAGGAACCAAUACUGAGAAGUCUGGAAACAGAUGUUACUAUGGAUACUGAAGUUACAAACUACCCCCAUAGUACAUUGGAAACAACAUUGACAAUUCCAAAAGAUAACAGUUAUGAAGCAGAAUUAACUGAAUUUCUAAGCAAGGUGAAUUACAAAAUGGAUAGUUCAAUUAAAGCAAUUCAUAUACAAGAUUCCCAUAGUUUAUUCUCGACGUUCGAUAUUUUCGCUCCAUCAUUUGAAGGGAAAGAAACAGAAUCAAAUUGGAAAAUCAGAGAGAAGAACAUUAUACAAAUGAGAUCAAUCAUUCGUGGGAAUGCUCCUCAGGAUUUCCAAUCUGAAUUAAUUCAAUGUUUACAAAAUUCAAAUAUUGGUAUUUGUAAAGCAACAAGUUCAUUACGUACAACAUUGAGUUCCAAUGGGUGUCAAUUUCUAAAAGAAUGUGCCAUUAUCUUGAAGUAUUCAUUUGAGGCCGUUGCUGAGAAUAUUUUUCCAACUUUAAUUAAACUUUGUGCAUCUACUAAGAAUAUUGCAUCCACAAAUGCAAACAUGGCUGUCUGUUCAUUAUAUGCAAAUUUACCAUAUACCCAAAGAAUGGUGCAACGAAUUGUUACUGCAUCAGAGGAAAGAAAUCAUCAACCACGAUCAUAUUCACUAAUCUGGUUACAUAUCAUUUUUUUAAGAAUUAGAAUUGACCAUCGUUAUAUUGGUAACCAUGAGUUGUUCUUUUUUGAAGCAGCAAAUAAAGUGUUUAUGAAGUUGUUAAAAGAUGCUAAUCCUAAUGUUCGUCAAGUUGCAAAAGAAUGUUAUUGGUGUUUUACAAGAGUGUAUCCUAGUGAAGCAGAGAAGUUGUUGAAAAAGUUGGAGCCUAAUAUAGUUCGAGCUUUAGAGAGAUCACAAAGAGAAAGUGGUGGGUCAGGGAUUGGACCAAUUAAAUCAUUCACCAGUCGUCCAUCACGUCCAUCUAUAAAAGAAGCUAUAAUGGAGAAGAAUAAAGAAUUAAGACAAAGAAGACCACCUUCUAGAAAUUCAGCCGAGACAAGUGCUAUUUCAAGAAAUCCGUUACCUUUGCCAAAACCACCAAGAAGUAAAACACCUACUUCACGCUUGGAGAAAUCAUUGGUUAGACCAGCUGAGAAACCACAACCACCAGCUUUAAGGGCUGCUAGUUGGACUCAACCAACUCAAUCUAGUCUCCUUGCUGCUGCUACUACUUCUACUACUUCUUCUUCUACUGCUGCUGCUGCUAGCACAGCAUCUGCGGCUGUUUUGCGGCCAAAACAACGUGAACGUAGUAAAACUGAAGUGUUGAAGAAAUCACCAAUAAUUGAUGCAAAGCCGACCAGAGUAAAUGGACAUAGGCCGUCUAAAUCUAAUAGCGAUAUUGAGAUGCCAGUAUUUGAUAAAGGUAAUGACCCAAUGAUUAAUUUCUUGGGUUCUGAUAAUACAUCAUUGAUUUCGGAAGGUGUUAAUUUGUUAAAAUAUGCAAUUAUUGGUGGAGAAAUCAUUUCAAAUGAAGUUAAUGGAUUACUAAAGAAUAUUUCUGAACGACAUGUGAUGUUAUUAAAACCAUUAUUUAAUGCUAAUGAUGAAGUUUUUAAGAAGUCGGGUAAGCUUUUAAAUCCUGAUGAUUUCUUGAGAGUUUGUACUUUGAUCUUUCCUGAUUUAGAUGUUAAAACUUUUGAUUUGAUUAUUGCCACUAUUGAAUUGGACUCAUUUUAUAAAGCAAGUUGUAAUUUAUUAACUUGUAUUUCUGAUCUUCCAAAUAUUCCUGGCAGUCAUGCUUUGGUUAUGCAAAUACUUAAUAAUAAAUUGGAAAUUACCAAGGUUAUUUUACAAGGAUUACUGAUUUCAUUAAGUAAAUUACCAAUUGCUGAUCUUUCCUUUGAAAAGGUUUUCCAAGAAUUAACGAGAUUAAUUAUUCUGUUGAAAGGCACUGAUAAUUUCCAGUUGUUGAGUCAAUUAUUCCGUCAACUUUAUACUAUUGAUAGUGGUAAAUUUGGUUUGUUAUUAGAAGAUGUUGAAAUUAAACAACGUGAAGAAAUUGCCACUAUUGUGGGAAUUGAUAAUUCAAGAGGUAAGAGUUCAACAGUUUCAUUUAAUAAGAACAUUGAUGAUAUGACUGAAGUUAAAAGACCAACUGGCGGAUUUAAUAGUCCGUCCAAGAAACCAAUCACCAAUGAUUUUACUAUGAUUUUGGCUAAAAGAAGUGAAUUAUUACAUGGAUCAAGUGAUUCCAUGGUUCGACCAAAAUUACUGGAUAUAAAUGAUAGUUUUGCUAGACCAAAUCUGAAACCUUUAAGAGGUUUAUCACCCCUUCGUCCGGGAACUGAUCAAUCGGAUAUGUUGAUUGAUGAAUUUUCUAAUGUAUCUAUUACUGAAGAUGGUAGUAAAUCAAGUCCAAUGAAAAAUAAAGACAAGAACUCGUCGCCAUCUGUGAAUAAUGAUAAUUUGAAACAUAUCAUGGAAAAGAUAGAUCCGUUUAAGUCAAUGUCUAAUAAAAUGAGAAAAAUAUCUAUAUUUGAAGAUAAUAAAACUAAAGAAAGAAAUUGGUCAUCUUUACAAUAUUCCAGGAUUCAAAGAAGUGGAGCCCAUGGCAGUACUACUGGACCUGCAACAACAACAACAGCAACUACGACUACUCAUCAUCAUCGUCAACAUGUGCUUAAUCAAUUUCAGUUGAAUAAAGAAGAUUUUGAACGGAAUUGUAAAAACUUGUCUGAUGUUCCUAAUCAAUCUAAUGUUUUAAAAGUCACGGCAAUUUUAGAUAAUUUAAAUGCUAGUGAUUAUGAAUUUAGAGAAUAUUUUAUGAAUAAAGGUAAAGUUAAAUUAGAAUCAUCAAUAUGGGUAUUUUUUGAAAAGAUUGAUAUUUCAAAUCAACAACUGUUGUUAUUAAAUGGGUUAUAUUUAUUGAAACAAUUGAUUAGAUUUAAUGAUUCAUUAAAUAGCUUUAAAUUGUUUCAAUUACUUCAAAGAACAUGUAAAGAUGAAGAAUUGGAUAGUGAGAUGUUUUUCAUUUGGAAUGAAUUGUUAUUUAGUAUUAAUCAUGAAAAUAUUGUACUUGAAAUGGAGGAGAUUUUAUUGAAAUAUUUGGAAUCAAAUGAAAAAAAUUUAAUAAUUUCAAGUUUAUGUUUAAAUUAUUUAUCUAAAUUAUUAAUUGAAGAUAAAAAUUUAAAUCUGGUUAAACUUUAUCGAUUAGAUAAAAUAUUAGGAGGAUUAUUUAACGAAGAAGAAGUUAUGUUUAGAAAAUCAUCAGUUGUUUGUUUUAGUAAUUUAUUUAAGAAUGAUAAUUUAUCAAAUCAGACUAAAGAAACUUUGAAUAAAUUAAAAUCCAAAUAUCCAAUUUCACAACAACGAUUGAUUGAAUUUUAUAUCAAGAGAUGA